AUGGAACUUGAUGACCUGUUCCAAAUUCAGGCGACAUCUAGGUCGAAAUUGGAAUCUGGGCAAAAUGUGCCUCAGAAGACGAGCGGGGUUCUUUUGGGAGAGCAAGGCAACCUGGGGAAUUUGUCGUCAUCGUCGACGUCGGGGCUGUCGACUGCGACACCACAGUCGGAAAAAUGGAAUGGGCUUUUGAUGUCGUUGCGGGAAUUGGUGGAAUGGGUGCUCCGGAAGGAUUCCGAAUUAUCCAGCGUUGCUCAUGUCCUGGCGGAUAUCCCGUGUUUACACCGACAGCAGGACGAUUUGCGGGCUUUCAGGAGAGAAUUGGAAGCUCGAGCGCCGAUGAUUGAAAGCAAUUUGUCAAAUGGGCGAAAUUAUUUGACUAAUGACGCCAGUAUGUCUGAUGCCAGUGACACUGAAGAUUUUAGUUCUUCGUUUGAGUCGAAGAAAGAACCUUCUGCGCGAGUUGCAAGGCGGGAAUUGAAAACUUUGAGCGAACGGUGGUCUUCCUUGAACGCUCGUUUGGAUGUCAUGCAGCAAAGGAACAACGAUCUUCAGGCUAAAACCCAUAAGCUGCAGCAAACUGUGGACGAAGCCCAUCAACGUUUGGCACAAGCUGAAUCUUCAAUUGCUCGUUGGGUCGCGUUGUCUGACCCUGGCCGAGCCGAUGAGCUCAUGAAUGAAGUGACGCGAAUGCGAGAACACAUGGCACCCAUUCGUCGAGUCGUCGACGAGGUUCGUGAGCAGGCGGGACGGUUGCAGGGCUCGACAGUGUCGCUCACACCGCACAUGCAGAACCGUCUGAAGGACAUCCAGGUUCGUUGGGGCCAAGUGGAGAAGGCCGUCGACGACCGUUGGCGACGGAUGAGUCUCAGCGACUCCCUCAGACGCGACCGCCAAAUGGAAAGGGACGCCAUGCGGAUGACCAAGCGGUCUGGUCGUGCCGCCAGCGAGGACGAACUUGCAGUUUUUUGCCAGGCCUAA